AUGGGCAUAAGUCGAAGACCGAAGGGCGAUAAAUCCGCCAAUCCGGGCGGUGGGCGUGCUGCGGCAUCAGGCAGUUCCCAACCCAAUAUCAAGAAGGCUGCCUUCGACACGACCAAGAAGAAGGAAGUGGGAGUUUCUGAUCUGACCCUGAUCAGCAAAGUCACCAAUGAGGCCAUAAAUGACAAUUUGAAGAAGCGAUUCGAGAAUGCAGAGAUCUACACUUAUAUUGGACAUGUGCUGGUGUCCGUCAAUCCCUUUCGGGAUCUGGGGAUCUACACAGAAGAUGUGUUGGACAGUUACAGGGGGAAGAACCGUCUGGAGGUUGGUCAAGUGCUGCUAGAGACCCGAGGACUCAUGGCUAACUUUCACCAGAUGCCCCCUCAUGUUUUUGCCGUUGCCGAGUCUGCCUACUAUAACAUGAAAGCAUACAAGGACAACCAGUGCGUGAUUAUCUCGGGAGAGUCAGGGGCAGGAAAGACAGAGGCUGCCAAGAGGAUAAUGCAGUAUAUCGCAAAUGUGUCCGGCGGGAGCGACUCUUCGAUUCAACAAACCAAAGAUAUGGUUCUAGCUACGAACCCCCUCUUGGAAUCUUUCGGGAACGCGAAAACCCUCCGAAACAAUAAUUCGUCUCGGUUCGGAAAGUAUUUGCAGUUGCAGUUCAACGCUCAAGGAGAGCCUGUUGGUGCGGAUAUCACCAAUUAUCUCUUGGAGAAAUCGAGGGUUGUCGGGCAAAUUCAGAACGAGCGAAACUUCCACAUUUUCUACCAAUUUACAAAAGGAGCGUCAGCGACUUACAAGCAGAACUUUGGUAUUCAGGGUCCGGCGACAUAUGCUUACACUGGUAACUCGAAAUGUCUAGACGUAGACGGUAUCGACGAUCUGGCAGAGUGGAAUGACACCCUUCAAGCAAUGAAAGUAAUCGGCUUGGCGCAGGAAGAACAGGACGAGAUAUUCAGGGUACUAGCGGCCAUUCUCUGGGCAGGUAACAUUGGGUUCAGAGAAGACAAGGAUGGAUAUGCCGAAGUUGUAGACCAGUCCGUCGUCGACUUCUUAGCCUACUUGCUUGAAGUAGACCCAGCCGAUGUCAUCAAGGCCAUCACCAUUCGAAUUCUCACUCCUCGAAAUGGCGAGGUCAUCGAGUCUCCAGCGAACCCAGCACAAGCCAUGGCUACCCGAGAUGCUCUCGCGAAAGCAUUGUAUUACAAUCUUUUCGAUUGGAUUGUAGAGCGCGUCAACGUCUCGUUAAAAGCUCGCGCGGCUACCUCCAACUCCAUUGGCAUUCUCGACAUUUACGGUUUUGAGAUCUUUGAGAAGAACAGUUUCGAGCAGCUCUGUAUCAACUAUGUCAAUGAGAAGUUGCAACAGAUCUUCAUUCAGCUGACCUUGAAGACCGAGCAGGAAGAGUAUGCACGAGAACAGAUUAAGUGGACUCCCAUCACAUACUUUGACAAUAAGAUUGUGUGUGAUUUGAUCGAGUCUGUAAGGCCACCGGGUAUCUUUUCCGCUAUGAAGGAUGCUACAAAGACUGCUCACGCAGACCCCGCUGCUUGCGAUCGAACAUUCAUGACAGCCAUCAAUGGCAUGUCGAAUGCUCAUCUGACUCCUCGUCAAGGAAAUUUCAUCAUAAAGCAUUAUGCCGGUGACGUUGCCUACACGGUCGAUGGAAUUACGGAUAAGAACAAAGAUCAACUUCUGAAGGGCAUUCUUAAUCUCAUCGACGACAGCCAGAACGAAUUCCUACAUACUCUAUUCCCCCACCAAGUCGACCAGGAUAACAGGAAGCAACCUCCUUCUGCCGGUGACAAGAUCAAGGCGUCUGCAAACGACCUCGUCGCUACUCUGAUGAAGGCUGAACCCUCGUAUAUCCGGACAAUCAAGCCCAACGAGAACAAAUCACCAACUGAGUACAAUGUUCCCAACGUUAUGCAUCAGGUCAAGUAUCUCGGUCUCCAGGAGAACGUUCGCAUUAGGCGAGCCGGGUUCGCCUACCGUCAGACUUUUGAUAAAUUCGUCGAACGAUUCUAUCUUUUGUCUCCACAGACGUCCUAUGCAGGAGACUACACUUGGACAGGAGACGCAAAGUCUGGCGCGAAGCAAAUCCUCAAGGACACCAGCAUCCCGGCUGAAGAAUUCCAAAUGGGUGUAACAAAAGCGUUCAUCAAGGCACCAGAGACGUUGUUUGCUCUAGAGCACAUGCGUGACAGGUAUUGGCAUAACAUGGCGAUUCGAAUCCAGCGGGUCUGGAGAGCUUUCCUGCGGAUCCGAAUCGAGGCUGCCACCCGCAUUCAACGGGUAUGGAGGAAAAAGAGAGUUGGCGCCGAGUUCCUUGUUCUUCGAGAACGUGGACACAAGACCCUCCAGGGCCGUAAGGAGAGGCGGAGAAUGAGUCUUCUCGGCUCAAGACGCUUUAUGGGUGACUACCUCGGUAUUGCUGCCAGUAGCGGCCCUGGGUCCCGAAUUCGGAAUGCUGUCAACUUACCAGCCAACGAACAGGUCAUAUUUUCUUGUCGAGGUGAAAUCUUGGAGACGAAGUUUGGUCGAUCGAGUAAACCGAGUCCUCGGGUUUUAGUGUUGACGAAGAGCAAGUUCUACAUAAUCUCGCAGCAUCUCGUGAACAAACAAGUUCAAAUUGCGAUCGAGAGAUCGAUUCCUCUGGGCGCUAUUAAAUUCGUCGGCACUUCGCAAUGUCGAGACGACUGGUUUUCGCUAGGAGUCGGUUCUCCACAAGAACCCGAUCCUUUGUUGAACUGUCUGCUUAAGACUGAGCUUUUCACGCAUAUGGCAGGCGCCAUUCCUGGAGGCGGCUUCAACCUCAAGAUUUCGGACUCGAUAGAAUAUGCCAAAAAGCCUGGUAAGAUGCAAACCAUCAAGGUUGUUAAGGAUGCAGCAAUGGAGGUCGAUUACUACAAGAGUGGAACAAUCCAUACGAAACCAGGCGAGCCUCCAAAUUCCGUGUCAAGACCACUGCCCAAGGGAAAGCCCGUCGCUGCCAAGCCAUUCACGAAAGGCAGACUUAUCAAGCCCGGUGGGCCUGGUGGAAGGCCCUCCAAGCUUUCCAACGGGAACAGGAAUACAAAACCCGUGCCCCAGCCAAAUGGUGCUGCUCAAGCUCGAAACAUACCUGCACCUCCUGCGGCUGUAUCGGCAGCUGUAUCUUCUAUCCCCAGCCACACACGUACCAACCCCUCAGUAUCAUCAAGCCGGUCCGUCCCUCCACCACCGCCACCUGCUCCUCCUGCAGCUGCGGCUGCGCCUCCUCCCAGAGAGCCCCAGUAUCGGGUCCUGUAUGAUUUCAAUGGUCAGAGCGCCAAUGAAAUGACUAUGGCGAAGGAUGAGCUUGUAACUAUUCUCCAGAAGGAGAGCAAUGGAUGGUGGCUAGCCAAACACUCUUCGGGCCAACAAGGCUGGGCACCCUCAGCAUACCUCAAGGAAGAAGCGCCCCCGCCGCCUCCCUCCCCAGUCGUCUCUCGCCCCCAACCUCCACCCCCGCCGCCAGCAGCGAAAUCCAACGGUCAAGGCCCUGUGGUUCGGGCGAAACCCACCCCUCCUGCACCACCAGCAAAGCGUCCCGUAGCAGGCCGCAAACCAGCACCCCCUCCCGCUCCCCGCGAUUCGGCUAUGAGCGUCAAUAGUUCUGAUAGUGGAAGAAGUACACCCACGCCCAGCUUUGCAGGUGGUCUAGCAGAGGCACUGAAAGCGAGACAGAGUGCUAUGCAACGAGGACGAGACGACGACGCGGAUUGGUAG